UCAUUCGCACCUAUGGACUUAAUUGUUAUCAGAUAUGGCAACCAAAACAACAACCAUAGCAUAAAAACGGGUUAUGCUUAAAAUCGAUAGAUAGGCUAAAGUAAAAUACUGAGAAAACCCACUCGGACGGACGCACCUUCCUACGUUUACUGCUGUCCUGCAAUACAACCGUUUUAAGAGGCGACUAUUUGAGUAGUUGCAUAUCAUUGGUACCUUUGCAAGGUAAGGAAACACAGGUUAAGACAAGCAACAUUUCAGGGGAGGGGAUAACGCUAGCAGAAAGUUCUAUAGCCUCACCAGUCAUCAUCAUGCCGAGGUAUAACUUUUUUCUGUGUUUGAUGGUUUAUGUUUGUCUGGGACUGUCUGGGAGUGACGAACCUAACCUUUUUCUGCCACCAACGAGCGAGAUGCCCACGGACGCCGGGCUGUCGCUCCUUGAUGAGGAGGCAGGCGCUCACGAAUGUUCAGCAUGCGUUUGGAGAGAGCAAAGUAAAGUCCUGAGGCUGGAAACCAUCAAAUCUCAGAUCCUGAGCAAGCUGCGGCUCAAGCAGGCUCCUAACAUUAGUCGGGAGGUGGUGAAGCAGCUGCUCCCAAAGGCGCCCCCGCUCCAGCAGCUUCUGGACCAUCACGACUUCCAGGGAGACGCGUCCUCCCAGGAUGAGUUUAUGGAGGAGGACGAAUAUCACGCCACUACAGAGUCCGUCAUCACUAUGGCCUCGGAGCCGGAGCCCUUGGUGCAGGUGGACGGCAAGCCCAGCUGCUGCUUCUUUAAGUUCAGCCCCAAACUCAUGUUCACCAAGGUGCUGAAGGCUCAGCUGUGGGUGUACCUUCGGCCGCUGCAGCAGACUUCGACCGUCUACCUGCAGAUCCUCAGGCUGAAGCCUGUCACGGAGCAGGGCAGCCGCCACAUCCGCAUCCGCUCAUUGAAGAUCGAGCUCAAUUCACGUGUGGGCCACUGGCAGAGUAUCGACUUCAAGCACGUGCUGCAGAACUGGUUCAAGCAGCCGCACACCAACUGGGGAAUCGACAUCAAUGCCUUCGACGAGAGCGGCAACGACCUGGCAGUGACCUCGCUGAGACCAGGGGAGGAAGGGCUGCCGUUCCUGGAGGUUAAGGUUCUCGAGACGACCAAACGUUCCCGACGUAACCUGGGACUGGACUGUGACGAGCACUCCACCGAGUCCCGCUGCUGCCGCUACCCGCUGACGGUGGACUUUGAGGCCUUCGGCUGGGACUGGAUCAUUGCUCCUAAGCGCUAUAAAGCCAACUACUGCUCGGGCCAGUGUGAAUACAUGUUCAUGCAGAAGUACCCACACACCCACCUGGUACAACACGCCAACCCCAGAGGCUCAGCAGGGCCCUGCUGCACCCCCACCAAGAUGUCACCCAUCAACAUGCUCUAUUUCAACGACAAGCAGCAGAUCAUCCACGGCAAGAUCCCUGGUAUGGUGGUAGACAGGUGUGGCUGCUCUUAGGCCCAACGGAAGUCAUGCAUACUCAUGCACACCCAACUCUGCAUUAUUUCCACCCAGAACCCUGACUGAGACCUCCUCUGGCAGCAGACUCUCACUCCCCUCUCCCCAGACUCUCACUCCCCUACCCCAGACUCUCACUCCCCUCUCCCCAGACUCACUCCCCUCCCCUCUCACUCCCCUCCCCUCCCAAUCCCCUCUCCCCAGACUCUCACUCCGCCAUAAAACAUCCCACUGGACCUACAUUCUCUUAGUUAUUGAUUUUAGUCAAACAUGUAAAAAGGUCAUAUGAAAUGAAGAUAGGAGUGAGGCUGAGUGGUAGAAAUAUAUAAAUAUAUAGACGAUUAUGAAGGGGCUCUCUGUGGAGCAGCUUAAGAAAUUGAUGGUAAAUAAGACAACUAUGUUUUUGUUAGUUUUUCUUUUUCUUUGAAAAGAUUGUGUCUUUAUUGAGAUGUCCUGGAUAGUGGAUCCAGACUGAUGGAGGGAGACAUUUCUAAAGCAGUUACAGUAUAUUAUCAUUUUUCCACAACUUUUACUUUUAGCAUCAUUACAACAAACACAUCCCUUGUCUACUUUUAGACUAAAAGUUCAUGAAAUGAAUCCAAAAUGUUGUUUAAGAAAAUAGUAAUGUCCUAGAGAUUGUGUUGAGAUCCAAAAGCAAACUCUGUGCCCUCUGUAGGUGUAACUACCACCCCAGUGUGACAUUCUUGAGAAUCCAAGAACCCUUUCACAGUUACUUUGAUCUUAUUUUACCUGUAAUCUUGUAAAACAUUAACAUAAGAAAAUAGUUUUCACUACCUUAAUGUGAACAGGAAAGGGUUUGUUAUACACUUUCUCCCUAUGUUUUACUGCAGAAGCUCACAUAACAGUUUAGAUUACCUCCAAUAUCAACCUGUGCACAAAGUUUAGAUGAACUAAGACAUGUCAAAGUAACUCUUAAAACUGUGUGUGUGGUCUAGAUUAAGAACACACAAAGAAAUCAGGUUUUGGCUUGUUAGAUCUUUGUAUAGAUCAUCUUUUAUAUGUAAUAGACUAAAUCCAAGAGCAUUUUAAAAUCAACAAUAUGGGAAUCAUGCAAGGGUGCCAGUUUACACUACUGUAAUUGUCAGAUUAUUUUGUAUGGA